AUGGAUCCACUACCAUUACCACCACCAAUAAUCAUCAAACGGAAUAGUUCAAAAUUAUAUCAUGUUAUGCAUCUUGGUCUGUCAUUUUUAUUUAUAUUUAUGUCAUUUGGUGUCGCCCAAUUAUUUCAAACAUCAUCUGAUCAUGCUCGUUCUGGUGCCGUUGCUUUAUUCAUUGUUUACGGUGUAUUUUCUUUAUCAAAUCUUUUAUUAUCAUCGUAUUUGACACAAAUUUUUGGUUUAAAAUUAACACUAUUUUUAUCCAGUCUAACGUAUGUUAGCUUUGUUGCUAUGAAUAUUUCCUAUAAUAAAUAUGCUCUAUAUACAGCAUCGGCAUUAUUGGGUUUGGGCGCUGCUCUCAUAUGGACAGCUCAAGGCUCUUAUGUGUUAAUAUUAGCACGAGAACACGAAACAUUGAAUAUGAUGGGAAUAUCAUCACAAUUGGGCUAUUUCAAUGGUCUCUUUAAUAGUAUAUUUGCUAUGAAUCAAACAUUGGGUAACGUAAUUGCUGCUCUACUGUUCUAUUAUAAAGUUAAAGAAUCGAGAAUAUUUAUUGUAAUGAGCGUUGUUGGCGCUCUAGGGUCGUUGUCAAUCUUAUUUUUAAAAAAUGUAAAGCAAGAACAAAAAGAGAAACGAUCGGUACUCUCAAGUGUAUCUCUUCUGAUUAAUCCUCGAAUGUUAUUUAUAAUGCCAAUUAUUUGCUAUGUAGGACUUAGUUGGACUUACAUUUAUGGGAGUAUACCACCGUUGAUUUUAAACAACAGUUUAAAAUUUUUUGCAUUCGUUUGUUUUGGUCUAACAAGCGCAUUGAGCUCCAUUUUCUUUGGGAAAUUAAGUGAUCAUUUCCAUAAACGUUUAGUAAUACUUUUCAUUGGAUGUUGUUCACAUCUAUUGAUCUAUAUACUUCUGUUUACAAUAUGGUUCCCACCAAUUGAUCAAACCAAAGUGUUUAUAUUUCUUAUCAUUACUUGUUGGUUGGGCGUUGGUGAUGCCAUAUUUGCGACGCAAUUAUAUUCUGUUUUAGGUAUGUUUUUCACUUCGGACAAUACCAAACGUCCAUCAUCGGAUAUAUUUGCUAACGUGAAAUUUUUACAAGCUGGUAGUUGUGCUAUUGGAUUUUUCUACAAUAAUUAUUUUAAUUUUAAAAUACAAACAGUAGUUAUAGCGUCGACUCUUGGAUUUGGAAUGGUAAUGUUAAUUAUUUGUCAUUAUGGAUUUUAUUCACUUGAUUCUGAAGAAAAAACAAUAGAUAAUAGUGAUAAAGUUUAUAAAGCAGUGCCAUUAGAUCAACAAUAA